AUGUCGCUCUUUGGAACGUUCCCUGGCUCUUCCCGCGGACCAGCAGCAGCGUCAGCGCUCAAGGACCACAUGGUGGGCCACCAAUUCUCGCCAUACGAUUCGAACGGUGGCAGUAUUGCUGCCGUCUGUGGUACAGACUUCUGCGUAAUUGCGUCCGACACACGUCAGUCGACUGGUUACAACAUUCAGACGCGCUACAAGCCUAAAGUAUUCCGACUGAACGACAAGGCUACACUUGCCACCAAUGGGUUCGCUGCGGAUGCGGAAGCGCUCGUCUCGCACGUUCGUCAGAGGCUCGAAAUGUACCGUCAUGCACAUGGUCGAUCGAUGCCGCUCCACUCGAUUGCGCGUAUGAUUUCGACCAUCCUAUACGGAAAGCGGUUUUUCCCUUACUACGUGUACAACAUUCUCGGCGGUCUCGAUGAAGAAGGAAAGGGUGCAGUGUAUUCGUUUGAUCCCGUGGGAAGCUACGAAAGAGAGUUUUGCAGGGCUGCAGGUGCAGCUCAGUCGCUGAUCCAGCCAUUCUUCGACAACCAGAUCAUGUUCCGAAACCAAACAUCCACGCCGGAACGUACUGUGCCCACUCCAGGCCAGAUGACACUUGGAGAGGUGUUGAAGAUCGUCGUGGACUCGUUCACUUCCGCCACGGAGCGACAUAUCGAGGUUGGCGAUGGGCUCGAGGUGUUUGUUGUCAGGACGCCCGCUAGUGCAAGUGGCCAGGGCGAGGGUGCAAAGGGUGCUGCUGCUGUGGAUCUCAGCACUCUGCCCUCCGAUGUACCUUUCAGCGUCGCAGAAGCAGUCGGUGGAGAGGACGAGCAACAGCAAGGCGCUGUCAUGGUCAUCAGGCGCGAACUCAAGAAGGAUUAG